CUCACUAUUACUAUUACUAAGCUAGAGAGCUGCUAGUCGUAAUUAUUAUCAACAUUUAUAUGGCCAUUCCCUCCCUAAGAAGAAGACGGCUGGGUCACAUUGUGUUUCCUAUGCAGAUGCUUCAGGUAGUUAAUAUUAUAAGUCAGAGGUUGGGGGCAUCGGGAACGAGACAACGAUCGAUGGCCUUGGUAGCCAUCGACGGUGUCGGCCAAGGCCAUGGGCGUGGAGAAACGUGAUGAACAUGAAUAUGUGGUGAAUGGUGGUGAUGAAGAUGGGGCAAGAGAUGGCGUGCUUAUCUCUGGUGCCUAUCGAAACCUGCGCGAGGUUGGUCCGUCUCGGCACUGAAUGACUAAAUAGUUGCCCAUUCGUUCUAAUAUCGACUGCUAUCGUCCCGACUCCGAUCCCCGCAUGCCAUAUUGGUAAUCAGCAUUUGCCGUGAGGAGUUGGAACCGGACUAAGCUUCGGGUUUAGAUAUACCUACAGCUGCCUAGGAUGCGUAUACAUAAAUAAGAGCCAAGCUCCGGCCUCCCGAUUGCUAUUUCUCUGACAUCUUCUACUGCUUCUCCACCACGAGAGCGGCCAGACUCUUCUCCAAAUUCUACUCGCCAACAUCCACCUACCUAGCAGCAAUGGCCGCGCCAACCCCCAAGAUCAAGCUAUACACUAACCACGGUUGUCCGUGGGCGCAUCGCGCGCACAUCACGCUCGCCGAGCUCCAGCUCCCUUACGAGGAGGAGAUCAUCGAUCUGACCACGCCGCGCACGGCCGAGUACCUCAAGGUCAACCCGCGGGGCCUGGUGCCGUCUAUCGAUAUCGAUGGCGAGAUCAUCACCGAGUCGGCUGUGGUCGCCGGCUACCUGGCCGAUGCGUUCCCGUCCCACCUGCUGCCGGUGUCGAACGCGCCCGGCGGCGCCCUGACCCGCGCUAGGAUUGCCUUCUUCGUCGACACCUUCUUCACCAAAGUGAACGGCACCUUCUUCAAGAUCGUGUUCGCCAAGACGGACGACGAGGCGGCCGCGCUCGUCAAGGAGUACGUCGACGCGAUCGUGAAGGAGGUCGAGCCGCUGCUGGGUAACGCGGCCCCCUUCUUCAACGGCAGCGACAAGCUCACGCUGGCCGAGGCUCUGACGGGUCCCUUCGUCUUGCGCCUCCUCACGCUGCCGAAGCACGGGCUCCUGCCCGAGAGCAUAAUCAGCGACCUGGCUGCGCGGGCGCCGAACUUUUCCCGCUGGGGCGAGGUCGUGGCCAAGCACCCCAGCGUGACGGGGAUCUACGACGAGGAGAAAAUCGCGGCCGGGACCAAGGCGAGGAUCGAGAAACUGCGGGCAUCGUCUUAGGUUGGGGAAAAGGAAUUCGCGGCUUGCUGCCUAUUUCGAACCGGCAGGGGUGGCAGUUACUAACGGACUCGCUAUAAUGUCCCUCGUUCAGACCGAAAUCCGAUGUUGAAACAGAAGCAGGCCUCCCUGGUAAGGGGGUAGGUUUAUAUCUACCUAAAUACGUGUACAUAUUAUGUACAGACCCGUAUCGUCAAGGUAUCCAUACACUAGGUACGCAGGCACCAAGAGACAGAAUGCAACCUGUAUGCCGAAUUAGGAUUGAUACUGGGUGCGGUGGUUUGAAAACGCGUGAGUGUCAAAUGGAGGAUGGAGGACGGAUGGCUCGGUAUGCUGACCUAAUUCUUUUCCGUGGGCUGUGUAGGUAGGGCCUUGCCUCGGCGCCCACGUCGUCGCCCACUCAGGUAUUUGACGCGUGGUAGGCUACAUAGCUUGGAUUACCUACAUGUUACGCGAUAGCCCGGCC